AGUCGGUGGAUUACUCAGAGAUAAAUUACACGCCGUCAAUGAUCAGCAUGAAAGGCCACUCGCUCGCUGCUCGACAGGCGCGCGCGGUUCUGGCGAAAGCAGCGCGGCAGAGAUGCGUCGCCAGUCUGUCUCUGCGCGAAUGCUGCCGUGCGUCGAGCACCCGUCCGGCUCUGCUCGUCCCCCACCACCGCCGCUACUCCACAUUCUCUCCUCCCGCGACCACUGCUCCGCAGCACGAGAUAGCAGACGCAGCCGAGACUACUCCGCCAGAAGGCGUCUGGACAUCGGCAGUCCCCCUCGCAGGUUUUGUCGACCUCUCCCCGCGGCGAUCGCUGAUUGAAGUUUCUGGAAAGGAUGCGUUCCGGUUUCUACACGGCCUGCUUACAAAUGAGCCGCCGCUGGGGAAUGACGGUGUAUAUGCUGCAUUUCUCAAUGUUCGGGGCCGCGUGAUGUACGAUGCGUUCAUAUACCCCACCUCCCACAACAAAAAAUGGACGACCAUGAACCCCCCCUCGGACGAGCCAGACGCACAGACAUACCUUGUCGAGCACGACUCCACAGUAACAACCCAACUACUUACAUACCUCAAGUUCCGCAAGCUGCGCGACAAGGUCACCUUACGCACCGUCGAGGACUGGAAAGUCUGGUACGCGUGGGAGGAUUUCCCCGAGAACCUGAUGAUGCGCCGGAUGGCUGGUGCACCGACCGAGUACGACCUGAACCCGUACAUGCGCAAGCCGCCGGCGUUUAUUGGCGCGGACGACACGCGCGCGCCGGGGUUUGGCGUGCGGAUCGUGCUGUCUACGGAGGCGCCGGAUCCGCUGUGGCCGCUACGGGUGUACGAAGAAGGCCGCGUCGAGAGAUUCGUCGAGGCCGAUCUCGAGACUUAUGAUCUUCGACGGAUUCAGUACGGCAUUCCAGAAGGCACAGAGGACCUUUCACCGGGAAACAUUCUCCCGAUGGAGAGCUGUAUCGAUAUGAUGGGCGGCAUCAAUUUCAAAAAGGGCUGCUACGUAGGCCAGGAGCUGACGACGAGAACAAAGCACAUCGGCGUGGUUCCCCGCCGCGUGGUGCCCUACGCGCUCUAUGAUCUCUCGCAGUCUGCUCCGGAAUCUCCAGAAUACAACCCCGACCUCGCGCUUCCCGCCCCCGCCCAGCUCGGGUACAAAUCGCCAAUCAUACCCGCAGCCGACCAGCCAAAGCUGAAUGCAAAAGGCGAGAUCGCGCGGCCGCUGGGCUCGCUGAUUUCACGGCACGGCAACGUCGGUCUUGCGACCGUGCGCAUGGCUGCUAUUGAACAGUCGCAGAGCGGCAGCGAGGCAUGUUUUAGAGUCUUGCCGAGAAAGGUAGAUGGAGAAGGCUUUGAUCUUGAGAGCGCGGGACAGCCGAACAGGGGGAUCGGGAUCAAGCUGUUUAGACCGUACUGGUGGGAGAAGGAUGCCGGGACUCCGAGCGAGUCUGCUACAGUAGUAGAGUAGAAUAGAGUAGAUAGGCAAUGUUAAUAGUAUUCUGACAAUAAGCUGUUUGUAAGUAGGCGAGUUCUGGAGCCGAGAGAAGGCGCCACAGUUCGUGUGGCUUUGGAAAAAAGUUGUGGCGAUUGCAGCAAAUACAAAGCUCAAGUCUAGAUUU